UAAAAUGCAUUCAUUCUGCAUUAGCUAAUACUGUGACUAUUUUAAGACUAUAAUUUUCCUGUUCAGUCGGUGUGCACUGUAGACACAACAUUAUUUGUUCAUGUUAUGGUUUCCUUUUCUGAUGAGCAUAAAAAAGACAGUGUCUACUACCACUAAUAUAUAUCAUUAAAGGCGCAUUCAAAAAACUAUGAAGAUGCUUUAUUUUCUUCUUCUUUUGUUCAUUGGAUCUUUUGAUGUCACAUCUGCUAGCUGUGACUGUCCAUCCAGUAAGCAUACUAACUUAGAACAGCUAGAAAAUUACUAUCACCAACAAGGAGUUCCUCCAAAUGAGAAACCAACUACAGCUGAGCAAAGAUUUAUCAACAGUGUAGUUAAAUAUUUGAAAAUAGAUGAAGAUAGCAACCAAUCAUCUGGUGGAAAUAAAGGGCAAGAAGGAGCAGUUGCUGGUUCCUGUCAAUGUACAGGCCACCCUGGACCAACAGGAUCACCUGGGACAGGACAAAAAGGAGAGAGGGGACCAGCAGGACCAACUGGAGCACAAGGACCUCCUUCAGGAUUUGAUGCUUUAGCUAAAUAUUAUGCAAAGUACGGUCGUAUAGAAAUUGUCAAGUUUUGGGCUGUGAAAUAUUUGGAGCAUAAUGUCAAGCCAACAUCUCCACCUAUAGGACCACAGGGACGCCUAGUCAGGCGGAGCCAGACUCUUCGUUUUCCCAAGAGAGGUUUUAGGGACCCCAGGGAUUCUGGGGAUACCCUGGACCCUGGGGACCCCCUGGACCUCCUGGACCCCCUUCACCCCCUGGGCCUCCUUCUGGACCCCCUGGACAUCCCUCUGGAUUCCGAGAGCGGCGGAGCCAGACUCUUCGUUUUCCCACCAGAGGUAGGCCCCACCUGA